UCUCAACUUCCUCAUAAAAUUCGUAAAUACGCUUCUCACUCCCACAUCCAACAUAAUUAUAUGGCUACGUCUAUAGGUAUUAAGUCAAUGGCAUUUUUUGUUAUUCUGUGAGUCUGCCUGUGUCUAUGCUCUGUGGUUUGAUUUUCCGUUUUGUUUUUGUAAUUCUAAAUAUUUGUAAUUUAAAUUUAAUUUCAAAAUCUAAGUACAAAUUGCAAAGGAAUACGACUACGACAAUACUUUUUUACUUUGUAAUAUAUUUAAAAUCAAAAUGUACCAUUGUGGAAUGCGGCAAAUGGAAGAAAAGCAUGUUGCAAACCAAGUAGAUCUUAUGGUUUGGAGUAAUCGACUUGAUUUAUUGGCUCUUAGUAAUUUCAAAGGAGAAGUUCAGGUUCACAGGUUGCAUUGGCAAAAAGUUUGGAAUUUACCUCCACCAAAAGAAAAUGUAUCUGUUGAUGCUAUGGCUUGGAGACCUGAUGGAAAGGCAUUGGCAAUAGGCUACAGUCACGGUUCUGUAUACAUUGUGGAUAUUGAAGAUAAAGAAAUCAUUGAUAAGUAUGAUUUUGCUUGUGAGAUAUCAGAAGAAUUUUAUACUGCUAACAAUUAUGGAAUACCAUGUAUCACAUGGGCUGUUAAAGCAGGCACCUUAGAAAGUGCAGUGGAAUAUAAUCUGUAUGAUGAUCCCACAAUAUUUCUUCCAAAGCCCCCUUCACCAACAAAUACAUAUAAAAAUCAAGCUACAGAUGAUACUCUGAAAUGUUUUAAAGAAAACCAGGAUCAAACACAACUGAGCAUGUUAAUGAUUGCAUAUGGGUCAGGAAAUAUUUAUAUGAGCGUCUUUGGAAGGUAUCCGUAUGGUACAGUUCAUCUGUCCCAUAUAACCAAGGAUGAGUGUGGGGAAUACAAAAUACUUGACAUUAAUCUGUCUGAUGAUUUUAGUGUCAUGCAAGUUAUGUAUUUAGACACUAAUAACAAUAUUUACCUAUCACUUGUAAAUACAAGCAUAUUAUCAGCUUAUUCAGAAGAAUUGUUUGUGGUUGCCACAAGACAUAGUCAAAUAGUGAAUAUGAUGACUCAUUUAGAUAAAACUAUGAUUUCAAUAACCGAAGCGUGGGAACACAUUUUGUUGGAAAUGGACACCAAAAUGGCAUACUAUGCAUCAUCAGUUCCUGAGGGUGGUGUAUCGGCUGACUUAUUAGAAUUACUCAUGUUAGGAGUCCCGUCAGAUGAAUUAGAAGUGUUCUUGCUAAAUGAACUUACAGCUAAAGGACUCAAAAAAUUUGGCAAUUCGGUUGAGCUAAGCUAUUCGACAAUCCAAAAGUUGGUCUUAAAGCAGUUAAAUAUAGUAGGACAAAGUCUUACAUACUAUCUUGCAGAAUUGAGAGGCUUAACUAGAAUACCAGAUAGAUACAAGGUUCUGGGUUUAGAGGAGAAAAUGGUAACUGAAGCAAUUAAAGCUAGCUGUGCGUUUUUAAACAAAUGUCUUGAAUUGCAACAAGUUAUAGAUGUUUCUAUGAGAAACUAUAAAGCAUUCUUUAGAUGGCUCUUUGUGGUGAUUGUUCGGUUAUUGGAUGAGCAAGCAUCUAGUGAAAUUGUCAAGAUUACACAACAGGAGCUUACACAUAUUGCAGACUUUUUAUAUAAUUUUGAUAAUGUUCAAGUUGAAAAUAAUGAAACAGCAGAAAAGCCUGUGAAAUUUAACUUAGAACGGCUAGGCCAGUAUCUGCAAGAUCAAGAAUUGUCCAUUUUGCCUGAUGAUGAAGACAAUCCUUGGCACAAAUAUCUGAGAGAGAACUCGUGUCUGUUAAAGGAUAAUGACACAAUAUUUUCUGUGAUGGACUUCAGAAAGUUUUCACUUGUGCAACAGCAGAAUCAUUUAAAAGCUGCUGUUGGGAAAAUAUUUGAUGUAAAAACGAAAUAUGUUGGCAAAUAUUUUACUGUAUUGUACAAUUUAAAAUGCCAUCAAACUAUAGAUAAAAUUACGAGAAAUAAUUUGCGAAUCUCGCAAAUAUUUGAUCCCAAUGAGGACAGAUUUAUGAUGGCUUUUACAGACACUGAAAAUAUCAAAGAGGAAAUUUAUUUUGUGUCUGUUAAUGUAAAAGAAAGAUUAUGCAAUGCUACUUGCUGUAAGUAUGCUUUCUCUUCCCGUUUGCUACAGGAUGAAAAUGAUGUUGCAACUGAAAAAAAUUUGCCAAUUUUAGAUUUACAAUUUUAUUCAUCAGAAUAUUUAUCGGUGCUGGUGAAACAUCCUACUGUAGAUGAUAGCACUGUGUUUAUUCAAGUUCCGCUUAAAAUUGUUUUGCAAAAUUCAGUAGAAUUCAACAUGAAAUCUAAAUCGUUGUUAGUAUUCAAUGAAAAAGUUAUAAAAAAAAACCUAUCUCCUUUAUUGGAUGCGAGUGUUUACAAAGUUUUAGACAAAAUGGAUGGGUUCAGAAUUGCAGUAUCAGGCAGUCGAAAAGUAGCUGUUGUUUUAUCAAACAGCCACAGAAAAGUGAGAGUUUUUGAAAUGGAAAUCAAUGGAGAGGAUGAAGAAGAUGAGACUUUGGACACAACACCACUCUCGCAAACAAGUCAAACAUGAAAACAACUAUAUCAUAUUCAUAAAAUAAAAUAUUAAAAAAAUGCAAA